AUGGGCCCGAGAAUGGAAUCCAAUGCCCUUUUACAGCCGAAUCGGUAAGUUAGAAGUGAUAUAUAGAUAAACGGUGUACUUUUUUUGUCACUUUAGCUGAAGAAAUCAUCAGUUUGUCGGGAAAAUAUCAUGCACUCUGUCGCAUGGAAAAUUGCACCGCACAACGAUCAGAAAAAUUUUUUACUUUAAAUGGGGAAUCUGAUCAGGGAGUUUUGUUAAGACUUAAUCAAGGAUCAAAAAUGCCAAAUCUUAUCAAAAUCAAUCUACGGCAAAAAAAGUAGUAGCGAUAUUACAAUUGAAGGUCAAGACCUACAAAUAAACUGUUGUACGUCCUUACAACUUUGCUGAUCACUUAUUUGUACCGAUUUGGUCAUAAAAUAGCUUUUUCUACGAUUACACAUGUCUGAAAUUUCAAUUUGGCGUUUCGGACUGAUAUUAACCAUGUUAUACAUGACAAAAUUAAAGUCAAUUUUUUUUACGGAUUUGACCCAAUUAUUCUAUAAAAUAGGUAAACAAGAGCCACAGUUGACGAAACUCUCCCUCUUCCCUUCUCUAAAGACCCCAAACCUCAUUCUUGACAAGUCCAGAUCUGCGCACCUUCUCCUCCAAGAAUUCCGCGAUCGAGGUUAGUAAAAUCUCUCUAUUUGCUCCCGUUUCAUAACUAAUAUAGUUAUAAAACUGCUCACAUGUUCCAUUACCUUGGAAUCCUGCUGAGGCACUUCCUCGGCAGGAUAUUGAUCUUGAUCAUGGAUAACAUAAUUUUUCCAUCUAAAAGUACUUUACUACUUUUUGGGUUGUCAAGACGAGCUUAUUCUGACAUUACCUUCGAGGUUUGAUGGGCCUGGGCAUUUUAACCACAAAAAAAAUAAAAAAUAAUGAAUUGAUGGUGCCUAUUUUGAAGUAUUUUUGCUACUGCUGCAAAACUUGUAGACCGAUUUUGCUGAAACUUAGCCCGCACUCAGAGAAAGACAUGCUGAACAAUCCUCCCUGAUCAGAUUUGUCAAAAAAAGUACUUUACACUCUAGAGGAGACAAAACUUUUGCAAAAACGGGCAUAUUUUCGGCCAGUUUUACCAUAAAACCAUAAGUUUGUUAUCUAAAAAAAUCUAACUAUAAUAAACUGAAACGGAUUACCUUUCAUAUGAUAUAACAAACUUAAUAAAAUUAUGGCCCUUUGAUGGCGUAUGAGCCUGAUUUAUCCGACGUGUCUUAAAAAAAUUGAGAAAAUUAAUGCCAAAAUUCUUGGCAUUCUGUUUCUGUUCGUUGUGCACCGGCGUUGAGAAAAUUAAUUGUGUCGCGGAAAAAUCAAAUUGCUUUUCACUUCAGCGACACGAUUGGCGCAGCGACAUUGUGCUCAUUAUUUUCCCGACAAACUGAUAUUCAAUGAGAUGAGAAAACGUUAAAAGCGGGGGGCUGCCCGAAAAUUCCCGGUCCGUCAGGAGAAUAAUGUGGAUUUGUCGGAGCAAAAAUGAAAUCUUGAGCUAGCCAAGCGAUGUUGGACGAUUCCAAGGCACGGCGAAUCCACAUUAUUUUCUCCACAGACUGAUAGGCAGGCCACAAUGUCCGGAGAGAGAAAUUCAUGCAAGGAAAGUACAGUGCGGAACCUGAUCCAGUGGCAAAAAACGUACUGCAUCCGGGAAGUAUCAAAAACGUGGCAAAAAUGCUUCCAUCCCCAAGUGAAAAAAUUCGGAUUUCAAAGGUGCGCCCGCUAUUUUUGUGAGGGAAAGGGCGCGACCUUCAAAACGAAGUUUUUUCACUUGGAGAGGGAAGCAUUUUGCCACAUUUUUUAUGCUUCCCGGAAGCAAAAUGGUACGUUUUUUACCACUGGAUCAGGUCCCUCACCGUAAAAGAAAUCGAAGUUUCGAGUCAAAAUUGACACAGAUACGGCCAAAGACCGAUUUUCUCUCUGACCGCUCUCCGCAUAUGGCGUACUCUCUCGUCGGCGAAGAACGUCAAAUAAGACAGCUUCGGCGAAUAACGAGCCAUUAUAAAAUUUAACUGUCCCACUUUCAGGCUCUCCAGUUCCGAUGGAACCGGCAGUCAGGACAUUGAAAAUGGGUUUGAAAUUAUGGAAAGCACCAAUCUGUCGUUUCGGCCGCCUAUGAAUCAAGUAAAUUUCCAGCACAAAAACCAACUCUUCGAUCCUUAUUUUCAGGCCCAAUUCGACGACGUUUAUCGCUACAACAAGCCAGAACACAAGCACAGCGAGUUUGUUCGGCGAUCCGCCAAGGUCUUACGGCAAUAUCGGCGGCCAUUCGAGAGUCGCAAGCGCUUCUGCUCCACAAUCUUGGGAUUUGUCCCAUUUUUCGACUGGUUCCCAAAAUACAACUGGCGACAAAACGUUGGGCAUGACUUCAUCGCGGGCUGCACAUUGGCUGUAAUUCAUAUUCCGGCCGGUAAAAAGCUUAGUUUUAUAAUUUUAACGAUUUUUUCUUAAUUCAGGGAUUGCCUAUGGCAUUUUGGCUGGUCUUCCAGCGAUUUCUGGCCUAUAUUUGUCCGUUUUCGCCCCGCUUUUAUACAUGAUUUUCGGAACAUCACGUCAGAACUCGUUGGGAACGUUCGCCAUAGUAGCGCUGAUGACCCGCAAUGCCCUGGAGGCAUUCCCGGAUCAAGAUAAAAUGGAGUUAGCGUCGACGUUAUCUUUAACCGUCGGAAUUGUGCAUGUAAGAGGUUUUAUUCGAUUUUUUAUGUGAUGCAAGAGAUUGGGGGAGAGAUAAUGUUUUAGUGUUUUGGAGAAGCAAGUUAUUAGUCUGUCGGGAAAAUAACGGCGGAUCGUCGCGCCUUGGAAUAAAUAAUUCGUUUUUUCAUCGCUCUGCGACUGAAAGCCGCGGCUGGGGUUUUGGUGCGCGAUAGCGGCGAGGCGAGACAUUUUGCUGCGACGAUCCGCCGUUGUUUUCCGACAGACUGAUAGUGAGCGCUCUGUCGCAAUCGAACAUCGCAUCAGUGCCGAGAAAAUUAGUUGUGUCGCGGGAAAAUCAAAUUUUCACUUCAGCGACACGAUCGUCGCAGCGAAAUUGCGCUCAUUAUUUUCCCGACAAACCGAUAUGCUCUUUGCAACUGAAAGGGCAAAUUCUUAAUGUGCGCAACUCAGAUUUCCGUUAAAUUUUACUAUUUUCAUAUCAGUCUGUCGGGAAAAUAACGGCGGAUCGUCGCGCCUCGGAAUCGCCCAUCAUCGCUUUGCGACGGCUGCCGAAGCUGGAGAUUUAUCGCGCGAUAGCGGUGAGGCGAGACAUUUUGCUGCGACAAUCCGCCGUUAUUUUCCCGACAGACUGAUAGUGUGUCACAAAUCAAUUCUUUAAAGUUUUAGCUCGCGUUCUGCAGAUGUUUUCGAGAGAGUACGCAAAACGAGCAGGGUGUGCUAAAUAGACGAGAAAAAUGUUUUCCAGAACUUUCUUAUUUCAGCGGGGAAAUUUUUUUGUUGAAAACUUAUACUCCGCAAUAGGAAUAUUGCCUGAAAAUUGCAAUCCUGAAAUUGCAUGAAUUUGAAAAUUCGAUGGAACAUCUUGAUCAAAAAACUGAAAUUAUGUCCCAAAUUUGAGCCAAGUUUUAUUCAAUUCUUUUCGCCCCACGUCAAAGAUCAGUCUGUCGGGAAAAUAAUGAGCACUCUGUCGCACAAAAAGUCGCAUCGAGAAAACGAAUUGUGUCGCAGCAAAGAAGACUUGCUUUUUAAUUCAGCGACAUGAUCGGCGCAGCGACAUGCUCAUUAUUUUCCCGACAGAUUGAUAACUUAAAGUUGCUUUAGCUUUCAACUUGCUUUGUUUCAGUUAUCCAUGGGAAUAUUUCGCUUGGAAAUCCUGACCACUUACUUCUCCGACGCCGUGAUUGGCGGUUUCUCGACGGGGGCGGCUUGUCACGUGUUUGUGACUCAAAUCCGCAAUUACCUCGGCCUUCCAAAACAGCCCUCCCACCACGGUUUCGGAAUGGCGUUCCUAAAACUUCGGGACUUGGCGUUGAACUUGAAUCAAACCAACUUGAUCACGCUGACAUUCGCUACGAGCUGUUUGAUUAUUUUGGUUUUUGGGAAGUUUUGGAUCAACCCCUACCUCAAACGAACGUAUAAAUUGAAUGUUCCGGUUCCUUUUGAGCUCAUUAUGGUAGGCAGGGUUUGUAGAGUAGCUAGCAAUAAAUUCAGAUGUAAUUUUGAUAAAGUUUAAGCGUUUUAGCUGAUCACGGGUGCAACAAUAUCGAAUUUAAUGGACUUCCGAGGCAACUACGGAAUGCUCGUUGUUGGAACACUACCCUCACAGUAAGUUUUGUAACGCUCUAUACAGUAGGGCCUCUAUUUUUGAAUAGAGGCAUCAGACUGUCGGGAAAAUAAUGAGCAUUCUGUUGCUGCGCCAAUCGCAUUGCUGAAGUGAAACGCAAUUUGGUUUUCAAUUGGCGCAAUUCUUUUUCUUAGCGAUAAUUCGAUUCUCUAUGCGACAGAGAGCUCAUUAUUUUCCCGACAGACUGAAAAUGGUCUAUACGAGUUUUUGAAACAGUAACAGCCAAAUACAAGGCGUUUCUUCCGGUUGUUCGUGAAUUUUAAUCCACAGGAGAGGUGUCGAAGUGCGACUCUCAGAUUUUGAUAAAACAUGGUGCAAAUUUACAAUAUAAGGCGCGUGCGUUCUACUUCUCUGCGGACUUCCUCGCAGAAAACCCGCAUUUCUUGUCUGUGGGCCCGCUAGACAAGAAAUGUGCAAUUCUUGGCUGAGCAGAGAAAAAAAGAAAAAAAUCUUCACGGGGAGAGAGCAGAAAAUUGCGCAAUAUUGCGCAAUGUUACGCAAUUUUAGACAAGAAUUGCGCGUUUCUUGUCUAGCGGGCCCACAGACAAGAAAUGCGGGUUUUCUGCGAGGAAGUCCGAAGAGAAGUAGAACGCACGCGCCUUAUAUGAUUAUUUUUAUGACAUAUUUAAGUCGAAAGUUGGAAAAAAUGAGAAAACUUUUGUUUGUGAAUUUUGGCAUGAAAAGUUUCAUACCUAUUUCUACCAUAGAGGGUGACGUUUUCACAGAAAAUUAAUUUUUUCCGCGCGAAACUGAAAAAGAUAUAGCCAAAAGAUGUUUUUCUCUCUGACCGCCCUCCGCGUUCCCCGUACUCUCUCGGCCGCAAAGAUGUUUGAAUAUUUCGGCGGCGAAUGAAAAGCGCGAGCCAAAACUUUUAGGAACAGAUAUGUGAUCUAUGCCCAACGUGUGUUAAAAGUUUGAAGAAAAUCUGAGCGUCGCACUUGGAAUUGUAAAAACCUUGAAAACUUGUCUAGGAAAAAAAUUCAUCUGAUUCUGUAGCUGGCAAUUGGUCACUAGAUAAAAAAUGUCUUUUUCUUUUGUUGAAAUAAUUCUAACAACAAAUUUAUCAUCCAUUUUUACAGAUUUCCCCAACCGAAAUGGCCGAGGAUCGGCCUGAUCCCAGCCCUCUUACCUCACGCAAUUUCUAUCGCCAUUGUCAGCGCCGCCAUUCAUAUUUCGUUGGGAAAGAUGUUUGCGAAACGACUCAACUACAGUAUUGAGCCAUCGCAAGAGCUGUAUGCCCUGGGAUUUGUCUCGUCGAUAUCGUCGAUAUUCCCAGUCUUCCCAGCGGCGUGCUCGUUGAGCCGAACGGUGGUUAGUGCGGAUGUGGGCGCUAAGACACAAGUGCGGUUGAGAUCUAUUUUUUUUGUUUCAGUCUGUCCGGAAAAUAAUGAGCACUCUGUCGCAUCGAAAAUCGCAUCGCCGCUGAGAAGAUGGAAUGCGUCGCGGCAAAAUCAAAUUGCUUUUCACUUCAUCGACGCGAUUGGCGCAGCGACAAUUUGCUCAUUAUUUUCCCGACAGAAUAAAACAAUUUUUUUUUUUCAAUUGAUUAAAGGUACUAAUGAAAAUUUAUUUUCAGUUAAGCUCACUGUUUUCAAGCGCCAUUUUGGUUGGGGUUAUCCUCAAAGUUGGGGCUUAUCUGGAGACAUUACCAAUGGUAAGUGAACAUAGAUUUUCGGAAAAGAUUGUCAUCAAAAAAAAAGCUUUUUUUCGGAUUGGGACCGAAAGCGUUCGGAUUUCCGAAGAGUCCCACUUCUUGAAUUUUCAAAAUGCGAGGUGACAUUUUAUACGAUAGAAAAAAUUUUUCAAAUUUACAAAAUUAAAAAGUGACGUAUAAUACGAUGAAAUUUCCACUCAAUUUUUCAAAAUGAACGGUGACAUGUUAUACGAUGAAAAUUUUACGCAAUUUGUUUCAAGUGACUGUAAAAACUUGCAUUUUAAAAAUUGAUGUUCAUUUUUGAACCCGAAAAUUUCAGUGCGUUCUCUCCGCCAUUAUCAUUGUCGCCUUGACUGGGAUGUUCAGAAAAUUCUCCGAACUGGCCCGACUCUAUAAAUUGGCCAAGAUCGACUUUUCCAUCUGGCUGGUCAGUUUCAUCGCCACCGUGUCCUGGAAUGUGACUGUCGGGCUUGGAGUGUCCGUGGUAUAUGCUCUACUAACUAUCGUGUUUCGAACACAAUGGCCGAGAUCUCAUUAUCUGGAGAAUUUGAAAGGAUCGAGCGACUUCAGAGACGGGGAGAGAUACGAGAAUAUUACGCAGUUGGAUGUGAGUUUUUGAGAUUUUUUGACUUGAAAGGAAAGUGGGGUGGUUAUCAGAUUUUUUGCAUGUUGCCGAGGACUGUUCCUUACAUCAGUCUGUCGGGAAAAUAAUGUGGAUUUGUCGUAGUGAUAUGACUGUUUAUUCAUGUUUUACUACCACAGAGCACUUUAAUUUAGGGAAAAUGCGAUUUAAAGUUGUUAGACCGGUAUUUUAGAUGAUAGAAAGUUAAAGCCAUAAGUUAGAACACUUGGAACUGUACAUAAUUGAAUAGUAGAGUAAGUAAAACGGAGAAAAAUGCGGGGAAAUAAGAGAAAUUCGCGGAAAAAUCAGUUUACUUGGUCGGUAUCGCUUCCGCCGAGGGCUGAGUCCGCCAGACUGGACAAAGGUGAUUCUCCAAGGCACAUUCGCCUCCAAGCGAUCACAAGAACGUCGGAAAGCGCGGGGAAAAAGUUGGUUAAAAGCGCGAUAUCGUAGUAGCCGGCUUUUUCGAAAAGCUCUCGAACUGGCGCUUUGGCGGCAGCGAAAAAGACGUGGACAUGGUGGGAUUGGAGCUCUUGAUGGAUCUGAAAUUUUGUGUACAUACUCCGUACAGGUUGCUUAUCUAUUUUUGUAAAACUUAGAGCAAAUUUUUUAAGGGUGCCUAAAAUUUUUUUUUGAUUUUUCGAAAAAACGAAAUUUUUUCACUGAUCACCUCUUUCAAUGCAUUGGCUCCCAUUAUGUCCACAACAGUGAAUCCGGAGCAAUCGAUGACCAAAAAUUUCUCCGCUGAACCUCUAAUAACAAACUUUUUCAGGGGAUUUCCAUCUUCCGCUUCGACGCUCCGCUUCUUUUCACCAACGUCGAGCACUUCAAAAGCACCGUAAUCAAGGCUGCACUGCGGCUACCUCAGGCAGAACCGGCCGAGCAUGUCUAUGCGCAGAAUACGGUCGACUCAUUCCGACCGUUGGAGGUCGAAGUCGAUGAUUUGAAGCCGAAAACGAGAGGUUCGGCGGAGAAAUUUUUGGUCAUCGAUUGCUCCGGAUUCACUUUUGUCGACACAAUGGGAGCUAAUGCGUUGAAAGAGGUGAGAAUUGAAAAAAAUUUCGUUUCUUCGAAAAAUCAAAAAAUUUUUUAGGUACCCUUAAAAAUUUCGAUCGAAAAUUUUACAAAAAUAGAUAAGCGACCUAUACAGAGCAUGUAUAAAAAAUUUCAGAUCCAUCAAGAGCUCCAAUCCCACCAUGUCCACGUCUUUUUCGCUGCCGCCAAAGCACCAGUUCGAGAGCUUUUCGAAAAAGCCGGCUACUACAAUAUCGUACCCAAAACCAACUUUUUCCCCGCCAUUUCCGACGCUGUUGUGAUCGCUCGGAGGCGAAUGUGCGUUGGAGAAUCGCCUUUGUCCAGUCUGGCGGACUCAGCCCUCGGCGGAAGCGAUACGGGCCAAGUAAACUGA